AUGUCGUACGCUGUCGAGACCAAGAAGCGGAAGUUCGACCGCAUCCUUGAGGCCUUGACCGACGGAGCAGCAUCUCCCGUUCGAAGUUCACUCAAUUCGCAAAACAACACCUCUACCACCUCCCUCUCUCAAGAUACAGCCUCAGAUUCCUCCAAGCGGCGUCGCAUAGCGAGCACUUCCAAGACAACUGUCACGACAUCCUCGACCACAACUCUUAUAGGACACUACCUGCCCUCAAGCCGGACGGCGUUUCUACAACGACUGGAAACAUUCCGACACGUCACUCAAUGGCAUAUUCCCUCGACAGAACCGAUCAAUGCUGCUGCCUGGGCGAAACGGGGAUGGAUAUGUGUGGACACGGACACGGUGUCUUGUGGUGCGUGCAAAGAACGACUGCAUAUCGAUCUAAGUGUGGACAACGACGUGCUGCAGUCAGAAGAGAACGAUACUGAAGAGGACCGUGACGUGACUGGGGCAGAUGAUAGCUUUGCAGUCGCGACAGAUGUAUACGACAGCAUGGUCCGGCGGUACCAGGACUUGAUAGUGACUGCGCAUGCUGAAAACUGUCUUUGGCGCCGGAGGGGGUGUGAUUCAUCCAUUCAGCGCAUCGAAGGCCUGUUGAAUACGAACUCGGCCCUCGCAGGGUUGAGGACUCGCUACGACAGCAUCAUGACGCGUCCAGAAGAAGUCCCGGAAGUUCUUCCCUUGCCUGCUGCAUCUGCCAUGGAUCCCCAGGAACUGGGGCAAUUCCGAUUUUCCAGUGGGGAUCAACCGAAUAUCAACGCUCUGCGACUGGCGAUCUGUGGCUGGGAGAGGAAAAGCGAAGAUGUGAUUGAGUGCCGACAUUGCUUCCGAUCCUUGGGCCUGUGGUUAUAUCGAGGUGACUCACCUGCCGUGGAGAACCUGGACAGCGUGGAAGAUCAUCUCGAGUACUGUCCAUGGCGGUCGGCCGAGGCGCAGGAUACGGAGCGCACUGUCGGGACGAGUCAAGAGAGCGAACAAGAGCCGAAGAAAGAGCGAGUGUCUGGUUGGAUGUUGGUGUACCAAGCGGUGGUCAAGGACAAUGUCAAGAGAAGAAACUCGACACCAUCGGCAGCAACAGCAGCAGCCAACCCCGGACUUGGUUCGGAGUCCGAGACAGCAUCCGUCAGUCAGACUUCAGCCCCUUUGACGCCGGAGCAACGAGAGAAGAGGAUGAGGGAUUUAUUACGCAGGAUUAAGGAGAUUAAGAAACCGUUCAACGUCAAGGGGUUGUUGAAACGGAAGGGCAGAGGAUAA